ACGAGUCCUCCCGCGAUGGAGCCAACCGCCGGCUCCGGUUCAGGAGCAGCAGAACCGGUCCAAGAACCGGACUCCAACGCCUCCUCCACGACCGCUGCUGCGCCGCCACCUCCUCCCGCGAGCGCGACGCCCCUCCACCGCGAGCAGGCCGGAGACGGCGCCGAUGGGUCGAGCCCCGCCACGGUGGUUGAUCCCCGGAAGGGCAAGGAUCCUGCCCCUCCUUCUCCUCCGAGGCGGAGCUCUUCGGGCAGCAGCAGCAGCUCCUCCACCCGCUCCCACGACUACGCCGCGGCAUUCAGAGCCUUCCAAGGCGCGGAGUCGAGUGCCGCGGCGGCCGCUAGGUUCAGGCGGGUGACGUGGAGCGACCCCGUGGUGGAGGAGACGACGGAGGUGCAGCUGCUCGACCCCAAGACGGUGUUCGAUCAGAUGCUCAUCUUGCGGCUGAUUCAGGAGCAGGUGGCCGAGGAGGUGCCCGGCGCCGCGGCGCAGCUGUUCGACUCCAAUACGGUGCUCCAGCAGGUGGUCAUCGAGCGGCUGAUUCAAGGGCAGGUGGCCGAGGAGGUGCCCGACGCGGCGGCGCAGCUGUUCGACUCCAAGACGGUGUUCGACUCAUGUCUUUGCAGUAGUUGCAGCAAGACGUUGUUCGACCAGGUGGUUAUCCAGCGGCUGACUCAAGAGCAGGCGGCCGACGAGGAGGAGAACAGAAGAUGGAAACAGCAGUUCAACUCGUUGCGCGCGGAAGAGGAGAUGUACAGGAAGGAACAGGAGAAACUAUCACAAGCAAAGGUGAAAUCCAAGCAGGACAAACUACCGCAAGCAAAGGGGAAAUUACCCUGGAGUAAGCUCAAGAACAAGAUUUUUCGUAAAGAAGGAAGAGAAAUAUGUUCAGAACAUGUGAAGCACCAGACACAUCCCAUCACUGAAGUCAGAAGGCACUAUAUGCUUGCUUCUGACGAGGCGAACCAUCUUGAUGCCUAUUCGGAAUGUAGAUCGGUGAUUGGAGAUGGGGAGUGUUUCUACAGGAGCUUCAUAUUUUCAUACCUUGAGCAAGUUAUUGAUAGGCAGGACACACAUGAGGAACGCCGUCUCCUUCAUGUUGUUAAAAGAGUGGCUAGGCAACAUGCAAAUCUUCGAUGGAACUCUGAAUUUUCCAGGAGCAGCAGAGCAUUUAAAAAUCUGAUCAAGAAAGUAAAGAGAUGGAAGAGACAUGGCAGGUGGAACAGCAGGAAAUCAACUAGCAGCUACCGUAAAGAGAAACUUCUCAACUUCUUCAGCGAAUAUGAUACGACACUAGACAUUUUCAUUUUCCUCAGAUUAGUAGUAGCUAUCGAGAUAUGCUCGCACAGGGAGGUGUAUGAACAGCUUAUACCAGGGCUCAGAGAAAAUUACAGUCUGGAAGAUUGGUGCAUUCGGCGUGUCACUCCAGCUCGUCGGUUCACGGACCAUGUUAUGAUGCUGGCCUUGGCCACAGCGCUUGAGGUACCCCUCAGAGUGGAGCGAGUCCGAGGAGUAUAUCAUCCAGAUAUCUACACUGGUACUGGAGUUCCCCGUCCGAGUGUGACCCUGCUGUACUCGGGAAAUCACUACGAAAUCAUCUACCCACGUGCUCCUUCUGCUGAGAGUUCAAGUCAUCAGGCUUCCCAGAGAGAAGAUCCUACUGAUCAGAGUUCAAGUCAUCAGCCUUCCCAGAGAGAUCCUGGUGAUCAGAGUUGAAGUUAACAGAUUCCUCUGGAUUAAAGUUGAGCUGGGCUGAUGCCUAUGAAUGAGAAUGUUGCUGAGCUUAGUGUUAGAGAGUUAGAGUACAACUGGUUCCCCAUGAAGUUCGGGUAGGCAUAGCAUAGCAUAUACUUACUUGUGCAUUCUUCUUGUGUUGUGGCACAAACUGCUGGUGCCGAUGGACGGAUGAUCUGUAGCUGAUCCCUUGUCUUGAAAGAGAAAAGGGAGAAAAACUUGUGCUGUUGUUUGAAUUGUUGGCUGGUAUACAGUGAAUUCCAUGCAGAUUUUCAACUGAUUUUGCUAGUUUAAUGUUGA